CACGCCCUUGCCCGGCGGUGCACUUGUCUUCGCGCUCGGGCCGGGCGCUGGGGCUCCAGCUGCUGCGGCCGACUCCGGCCGGUCCAGGGAGGAAGAAAAGCUGCUUCAGCCUCCUGCCAGCCAAGUGGUAGCCCAGUGGGACUGAAGGGGACAGGCCUUUUGGUGGUGCCUCAUCAGGGAGACCCCUGAACCCCAGGGUCAGUGCGGGAGUUCAGUCACUGAGCCAUGCCAGGCCCCGGGCGGCCAGCAGCAAGCCCAACCCCAGCACCCACAUAGUCAUGAACAGCCACAGACACAAUGGCUGUGGGGGACGGCCGCUGGGUGGCGGGCUGGGUGCCUUGGCAAGAGACCCUCCAGACCCCGAGGCUGGCCACCCCCCGCAGCCUCCGAAUGGCCCAGGCAUCCAGGUGGUGGUGGCCAAGAAUGAGCCAGCCCAGCCCUCGCCCAGCAGCCCCCGGGGGCAGCCCCAGGACCAGGAAGAGGAAGAAGAUGAGGAAGAAGAUGAGGCAGGCCAGCAGGGGGGCUCAGGGAAGCCCCCCAGCGUCGGCCACCGCCUGGGCCACCGGCGGGCACUCUUUGAGAAGCGGAAGCGCCUCAGUGACUACGCCCUCAUCUUUGGCAUGUUCGGCAUUGUUGUCAUGGUGACGGAGACUGAGCUGUCCUGGGGAGUCUACACCAAGGAGUCGCUGUACUCAUUUGCACUCAAAUGCCUCAUCAGCCUCUCCACGGUCAUCCUGCUGGGCCUGGUUGUCCUCUACCAUGCCCGGGAGAUCCAGCUGUUCAUGGUGGACAACGGGGCGGACGACUGGCGCAUCGCCAUGACUUGUGAGCGCGUCUUCCUCAUCUCUCUGGAGCUGGCUGUGUGCGCCAUCCACCCGGUGCCCGGCCACUACCGCUUCACGUGGACAGCGCGGCUGGCCUUCACGUAUGCGCCAUCGGCAGCCGAAGCCGACGUGGACGUGCUGCUGUCUGUGCCCAUGUUCCUGCGUCUCUACCUUCUGGGCCGCGUCAUGCUGCUGCACAGCAAGAUCUUCACCGACGCCUCCAGCCGCAGCAUCGGCGCCCUCAACAAGAUCACCUUCAACACACGCUUCGUCAUGAAGACGCUCAUGACCAUCUGCCCGGGCACCGUGCUCCUUGUCUUCAGCAUCUCCUCCUGGAUCAUUGCUGCCUGGACCGUGCGGGUCUGCGAGAGGGAAAACAUGUACCACGACAAGCAGGAAGUGACCAGCAACUUCCUGGGGGCCAUGUGGCUCAUCUCCAUCACUUUCCUCUCCAUUGGCUACGGUGACAUGGUGCCCCACACCUACUGCGGGAAGGGCGUAUGCCUGCUUACUGGUAUCAUGGGGGCUGGCUGCACGGCGCUCGUGGUGGCUGUGGUGGCCCGGAAGCUGGAGCUCACCAAGGCAGAGAAACAUGUGCACAACUUCAUGAUGGACACUCAGCUCACCAAGCGGGUUAAAAACGCCGCUGCUAAUGUUCUCAGGGAGACGUGGCUCAUCUACAAACAUACCAGGCUGGUGAAGAAGCCAGACCACGCCCGGGUUCGGAAACACCAGCGUAAGUUCCUCCAAGCCAUCCAUCAAGCUCAGAAGCUCCGGAGUGUCAAAAUCGAGCAAGGGAAACUGAAUGACCAGACCAACACGCUCGCAGACCUGGCCAAGACCCAGAAUGUCAUGUACGACCUCAUGUCCGAGCUGCAUGCCCAGCACGAGGAACUUGAGGUCCGCCUGGCUGCCCUCGAAAGUCGCCUGGAUGCAUUGGGCACCUCCCUGCAGGCCUUACCCGGCCUCAUCGCCCAAGCCAUACGCCCGCCCCCACCACCCCUGCCUCCCCGGCCUGGCCCCGGCCCCUCGGACCAGGUGACUCGGAGUUCCCCACACCGGUGGCCACCCGUGGCCCCUUCAGACUGCGGGUGACGGCCCUGCCUGCCACCAGACCCCUCAAUCUUGGCCAUCGUGUGGCCGCCACCUCCAUGCCAUCCGGGAAGCCCUGUACAGUGGCGCCUCUUGGAGUUCAAGGAGCCGAAGCUGAGUUGGGCUGAGUGGACUGGGGCCCGCCCCACCACGCCCCUCCUAGACUGUCCGGGCAGAGGGCAGGGCCAGACCGCAGGUGAGAGCAGGGGUGGGCCACUGACCACCGCUUCCUCCCUGACUGGAGCUGCAGGAGCCCGGAGCUUCCUCUAGUCCCCCGGCCCCCUGGCUCUCCCUAGGCCCCUGGUGGGUGUGGAGCAGCCAGGAGAGGGGUCCUUGCCAGUUCCAAAUAAAGCAGGACCCACCCA